AUGCUAAUGAUGUCCCUCCAAAUGAUUGAACAGUUGCAAGUUAGUUUUAAUCUGCAAGCUUCUCUUAUUGAUACGCUGCAUGUACAAUUAGAAGAUUCCCGCACCCAGGCACAAAAUGCAGCUCACACUGCUGGAUUCUUACAAGAUAAAGUUCAUAAUUUAGAAUCCAAAAAUAUAAUCCUUGAUCAAGCUGUAGACACCUUACAAUGCCUGCGUACUAAGCACUGUCCUUCUUUAAAACUAGGAGGUAAGGCUCGGGGAAGUGCUAUAUUUAAAAAAUCCCCUGUUGCUCAUGAAAACAAAUGGUAUCAGAUUGCCACCUUGUCAGUCGAUCUUCCUUCUGCUUUAAUUAAUGAAGACGACAUUGCUAUGUGGAUGGAGCAUAAAAAUGAAAAUAUUGAGUUUCCUUCACAAACAAUUUCUGUCCCCUCUGCUCCUCCCACGUAUACACAUUUGUAUCCAGAAUUGCCAAUUGAAUUUUCUAAAACUAAUCUUGUUCCUUGUAAUCCUAUAACACGUGGUCCUCAAUUAGAGGCUAACAAAGUGUUAUCAGAUGACAAAUUGAAGGAAAUUUCUGCACAUCAUGCUAGAAUAGAAAAAGAAUAUAAUGAUAUGGAAAUGACUUUACAUAAUGUAAAACAAUCAUUUUCACAAGAACACCAGCAGAGACGAGACUUAGAAGCAGAGUUGUCUGAGGCUGCACGACUAUUAACUGAGACUAAAACUAACCUUGAACGUUUUAGGCUUGACAAUGACGAGUUACAACGGGUAAAUGACAAACUUAAGGCUACUACUAAAAAACAGGAAAAGACUACUAGCAUAUUGCAUGAUACUACACAAGACCUUAAGACUGCUAACAAACAACUGCAAAGUGACCUUAAAGAGGCUAAAACUAAACGACAUAUUGUUAUUUCUGAUCCUGUUAAUGUACACAUGACAGCACCUUCUUCUGUGAAAGCGACAGAAGCCAGGGCUGUCUUAUCUGAAAUAGGGCAAGCUCCUGUAAAUAAGGGUACUAUUGAGGAUUUCAAUAGAUUCACACAUUGGAUCGGAAAACUCCUUCGCUGGGGUUCUUCGGAUUCACAACUAAUAGAGAUUUUUCUGAAAGGUCUGGGAUCCUGUUCAGCUGUCAUAGAAGGUUUUGCACAAACUUUUUCUCAGCUGUUAGAACGGUGUUGCCAUAAACUAUUUCAUUUGUCUAGUCCGUUCCAGAUUAACAAAGCUUUUAUCUCACUUCCUAAUGAGUCUAUCACAGAAACUGCUAACAGAGUAAUUGUUUUCCUUGCUGCUCUUACUAAUGGGGCUACUUCUUCAGAAAAACGUUCUGAAAUACAAGCUGACCUUAAAUUGGAUCCAGCAGUGCGGGAGUUAAUUUUCACUCUUGUACCAAGUAACAUUUCUCAUGUUAUGACCAUCUGUUACGGUGACCUGAGGAAUGUUGACUUUAAUUCAUGGCUUGACCGUUUGCAAGUUGAAAUGGAUAGAUAUUCUAAACCCUCUCCGAUUUCUGAAAUAACAUAUCAGGCUCAAAGAUCUUGGAGAGAUGGACAGCAAUUAAAUAAUGCCUCUAAUACUUGGCAGACAGAAGGUCCACAGUACCGUGGACGUGGUGGUUUUAGAGGUAGAUUUAAUACUACAAGACGUGGCAUAGGAAAAGAUGGUGAGUGGAUUCCCUUGAGGGAUAUUAUUGCAUCUCAGAAAGCGUUACAACAUUCUGUUGAGCUACUUAGAAAACAAGUAGAGCAAGCUAAUUUAACGCCUGUUGCAACUCUAACAACUUCCCUUCCACCCCUCUCCUCCUGCUAGGAAUGUGUUUUCUCCUCUCCUCUUUGUCUCGACUGGCCUCUGGAUCUAGAUAAAUGGGUACGACCAAUGUGUACUAUGUUGGUAGAUGGGGAGAAAAUUAACACUCUAAUCGAUACAGGGGCAGCUGCUACACUAAUAUCUGGUACACCAAAAACUGGCAAAUUUACUACUGCUUGCAUUGUGGGGGUUACUGGCAUGCCAAAAACAGUGUAUGUUGAACCUAGGACAUUGAAGAUUGGCUCUAAGACUAUACGUUCUGAUAUGUUUUUGGAAAAAGAUGCGUUAUCUCUGUUGGGAGCUCCAGAUAUUGUAAAGUUUGGGUUUAUCAUUGAUUUAAUGAAUCACAUGCUUUGGAAUAUUGAGGGGAGUACUAGCCCUUCUGAGCAUACUCGGAUCGGUUUAGGCUCCAAUUUGCCUCCUGUGCAUGUUGUCUAUCCACAUGAGGGUAUUAAAAUCAAACACCCUCCUGUGGAUACAGAAUCUUGGUGGCAUGAAUAUGCCGAUGUAUGGGCCAAAGAUAGUCUAGAUUGUGGUAAAUCACAAUUAAUGGUUUCUUUGGAUGGUUCACACCACCCAUAUGUUAAACAGUAUCCAAUUCCACGUGAGGCAGAAAAGGAUUUAGAAGUUAUCAUUGACCAAUUGCUACAGCGUGGGUUAAUUCGACCAUGCCAAACUGGAGGUUCGAGUCCUGUGUGGCCUAUUCGUAAAAAAGACAUCACUUGGUGUUUAACCAUUGACUACAGACGACUAAAUGAGACAGUUUUUAGAACAGCACCUGUUGUGGCCUCUUACCCUGAACCGAUUGCUAAAUUAACUCCUGAAAUGCAGUAUUACACAGUGUUAGAUCUUGCAAAUGGGUUUUAUAGUGUACAAGUCACUCCUGAAACUCAGUAUCGUACUGCAUUUUCUUUUCAGUCUAAACAGUAUUGCUGGACAGUUCUUCCUCAAGGUUACUGUGAUAGCCCUGCAAUUUUUCACAGCAUGUUAGCACAAGCUCUAAAGUCUCAUAAUUUGCAUAACAAAAUUGUUCAGUAUGUUGAUGACUUGUUAAUAGCAAAUGAUUCCAGAGAGAGUAACAUUAAACUGUUAAAAAAGGUUUUGGAAUCCCUUAAAAAGCAUGGCUUGAAACUUUACCCUGACAAGUGUCAGUUGGUCUAA